UCAAAAUCUCUUAUUUCAUGAGAUAAUCCCCACUUCUUUUGAAGAAAUUUACUUAUAAGAGGCUCAAAUUUUACUGCCUUGUUCAAUUUACAGACCCUGUAAAUGCACUCAAGCUCUCUAAAAUGAAUCUACACCUUACAUAUGAGCUGAACAAUCCGCAACUGUAGAAAAGGCGGCUAGGGUAUAAAUCAAGUCGGUCGAUAAGAAACCAUACAUAAUCGCGAGCGAGAAGUUUGAUUGCUUAAUGCUAUUUCACUUUCCAAGCCUACGGAUUUUUUCUUCGAUCGUUCUUUGUUGUUUGACUGCAGGCCGAUUAAGGGGCGAAUAGCUGAAUUUUAGCUUCAAAUAGUGAAGUUGGUAUCAUCUAAUAUCUGGGCACUACGAUUUUUGCACUGAUUGUUAAACAAUGUCUAGCAAGAAGGAAGAAACUGCACAAGCAGCAGCUGAUCGGAUAAAGGCUGCUGCAUUGAGUGCAGCCAAGGGUCUUAGCCGAGCCCAGGCUGAACGAGCAGCAGCUGCUGCAGCAAGGAAUGUAAAUGCAUAUGGACAGAAGGAAGAAGGGCCCAGCCGAUGGCAGGAGCGCAAGGAAGCAAAGCGCCAAAUGUAUUUGAUGAGUACUGAAAAGGCUGUGAAAUUGGGUGUCAGGAAGGAUUUGAAGCCCACUGCUCCAUCAGGAGGUGCCGCUCAACGCUGCCAGAAAUGUUUUCAACCUGGUCAUUGGACAUACGAAUGCAAGAAUGAGAGAGUGUAUAUUUCUCGUCCAUCCCGGACCCAGCAGCUUAAGAAUCCCAAACUUAAGAUGAGAUUAUCAGUUUCGUAUGAACUGGACAACCCCGAUAAUCCUCAGAAUGCCUUGGGUCUGAAGCAUGGUUUGUCUGACAAUCCAGCAUCUGAAAAAGUGGAGAGGAAAAGAAAGAGCAAGAAGAAAAAAACAAAUAAAAGAAAGAGACAUUCUUCAGAUGAUACAGGUGAAGCAUCUGAAAGUUCAAGUGAUAGCGGUAUAUCUACUGAAGACUCAGACUCUGAGACAGAUACAUCUAAGUCACUUUCGGGUGUCAGUGAGAGUGAGUCAUCUGAGACAUCUUCUGAAUCAGACUCAGAAGAAGAGCGAAGGAGGAGAAAACAUAGGAAGAGGAGACAUCAACGGUCUAGUUCCUCUGAUUCUGAUUCAGAAGACUCGCGCAGGAAGAGAAAGUCUCAUCAGAAGAGGCAUCAUGGUAGACGAUGAUGUCACCGUGUAAGUGUUUUGCUUUAUAGUUCUAUCCACUUGGGCUUUAAUGAUAGAUGAUUUUGAGAGUCAAUAAGAUAAUUUUGUAACUAAUUUGGAUAACAAUGUUUUUGAUUGGGUUGCUAAUAAUUGUUUUUAAUCUGUGUAAUCUAUAGCUAGAAGUCAGACACAAACAACUUUUCUUACAUUGUGUGAAUUGAAUUGCAUUUCUCUUAGGCAUGGUGACUGUGCCAACUGUUUUUUCUCAUUUCUUUAAAGCAUCACUCCAAAACAAUAUCUAAGAUGGCAUUAUGUCAUUCAUUGUUGUGACAUGAUAGGUGGUGCUGAGCAUAACAAAGAUAAUUUAUAAUUUGUAGUGAUGAUUGUAUUAAUAAAGUUGACAGCGUUCAUAUUUUGUAACAUCA